GCAAAAUUGUUGACAGUUUGGAGUGAGUCUGGUGCAAUUCAGUCGCAUGAAAAAAAUGGGUCGUAAAGUUACAUUAGCAACAUGUACUUUGAACCAAUGGGCAAUGGAUUUCGAAGGAAAUCUAUCCAGAAUCCUUCAGAGUUUCCAAGAAGCUAAGGCAUUAGGAGCAAAGUACAGGAUGGGACCUGAGCUUGAGAUUUGUGGGUAUGGUUGUAACGACCAUUUCCAUGAGAGUGACACAUUCCUCCACUCCUGGCAGGUGCUUGCCGAGUUGAUUCACGCUCCAGAGUGUCAGGACAUCAUAGCUGAUGUUGGCAUGCCUGUGAUGCACAAGAAUGUGGCGUACAACUGUCGAGUCAUCUUCCUUAACAAGAAGAUACUCCUUAUCCGGCCCAAGAUGAUCCUGUGCAAUGACUUUAACUACCGGGAAUCUCGCUGGUUCACUGCUUGGAAGAGGGUGAGAGAAACAGAGGAGUUUUACCUGCCAAGGAUGAUCCAGGACAUCACACUACAGUUGAAAGUGCCAUUUGGAGAUGCAGUGAUAUCAACCCUGGACACCUGUAUAGGCUCUGAGAUCUGUGAGGAGCUGUGGAACCUACAGAGUCGUCACAUAGAUAUGGCACUUGAUGGUGUUGAAAUCUUCACAAAUGGAAGUGGCAGUCACCAUGAACUGAGGAAGGCAUAUGUUAGAGUUGACCUCAUCAAAUCUGGAACAAUGAAGUGUGGGGGCUGCUACGUGUUCUCAAACCUGAUGGGCUGUGAUGGGGAACGAGUUUGUUACGAUGGCUGCUCUGUGAUUGCAGUUAACGGGCAGAUCGUUGCUCAGGGGCCACAGUUCACACUCAAGGAUGUGACCGUCAAUGUGGCAACUAUCGAUCUAGAAGACAUUAGAGCUUACAGAAACUCUGUCAGAAGCUACUGUGAGCAGAACUCCAGGGCCCCUGCCUUUCCACGGAUUCAUGUGGACUACGCAUUGUCAGGGGAUGAUUAUUUCCUCCCCGUCUCACAGCCAUUCGAAUUCAAGUACAUACCUGCAGAAGAAGAAAUAUGCCUGGGCCCGGCAUUAUGGCUAUGGGACUACCUGAGGCGGAGUGGCCAGGGCGGUUUCUUCUUGCCACUAAGUGGUGGCAUAGACAGCUCCAGUGUUGCCUGCAUUGUACACUCGAUGUGUCAUCUGGUGUGUGAGGCCGUCAAAAACGGAGAUGUCCAUGUGUUGUCGGACAUCCGGCGUACCGUGAGUGACCCCACAUACUAUCCAACUGACCCCCAGGAGAUGGCCGGACGGGUUCUGACAACCUGCUACAUGGGAACAGAGAACUCAUCUGCGGAGACGAAGGCCAGGGCAGCUGAACUGGCCAGCCAGAUUGGAAGUUUCCACUUGUCAAUCGGUAUAGACACAGCAGUUGCUGGAGUCCUGGGAGUGUUCUCAGCUGCCAUGAAGCUGGUGCCCAAAUUUAAGGUCCAUGGAGGCGGGAUGAGAGAAAACCUUGCCCUUCAAAAUGUACAGGCUCGUGUUCGUAUGGUGCUGGCAUACCUGUUUGCCCAGCUGUCACUGUGGGCGCGUGGCCGACCUGGCGGACUUCUGGUGCUUGGCUCAGCAAAUGUUGAUGAAGCUCUAAGGGGUUACAUGACCAAGUACGACUGUUCAAGUGCCGAUGUGAAUCCUAUAGGUGGAAUCAGCAAGACCGAUUUGAGGUCGUUCAUACGUUUCUGCAUCCAGCGAUUUAAAAUCACUGCUCUUGAGGGGAUUUACAGUGCCCCACCCACCGCUGAGCUUGAGCCCCUCAGGGAAGGCCAACUAGCACAAACUGAUGAGGAGGACAUGGGGAUGACGUACGAUGAGCUGUCUGUGUAUGGCAAGCUGAGAAAACAGAAAGGCUGUGGCCCAUACAGCAUGUUCACCAAGCUUCUACACACAUGGAACUGGCUUACACCUGAACAGGUGGCAGAUAAGGUAAAACACUUCUUCCGGUGUUACGCCAUGAAUCGUCACAAGAUGACAACACUGACACCGAGCUACCACGCAGAGAUGUACAGCCCUGAUGACAACAGGUUCGACCACCGACAGUUCCUUUACAACGUCUCCUGGCCCUGGCAGUUCAACUGUAUCGACACUCAGGUAAAAAGACUUCAAAAGGCUGGCAUCACAAACCAUGAACAAGGGACAUCACAAUCAGCUAAAAAUCAGCAGGGAACCAUUACUAACAACAGCUCAGGUACCAACAACUCACACACUGGAAACCAAUCCUCAUUUACACCGGGAGUCAUGGUUGCCUUAGCAACAGAAGAGGAGGCAGUCAACACAAGGGCUACUGGUUGGUCAGCUGCACCAAUAAGUGGUCAUCUGCUGGACAAAAUAUCUGCCCAUGGCCCUGGGCAGACAGUUUCAAUGCAAAUGGAUGUAAGUGGGUCAGAUGUUGAACAUAAACUUAAGAGGCCAAAGCUUUCGGCAUCUUUGGUAUCCAGUGAGGUAUAGACUUCUUGUUUUUCUGCAAGUAUUUAGUUAAAUUUAUGGAGAGAAAUUAUGAUUUUACAUUUUUACAGACGACAGGGUGUUUUACACUAUUCUUAUUGCUGAUGGUAAAAAAGACUUUUGUAGACAUACAUGUGUUGAUGUUGUAUACCAUGUUUGCUACAGUUAUUAGGGUUUUAUAAUUAAACAAUUUUGUACUUUUUGAAGUGAACAUUUACAUAAAAUUGUUACCAAUAUUUUGUGGUCAUUUCCACAGCUAGCUGCCAAAUUUUGCACAUAUGAUUUGACUUGUGACAGUUAAUUAAUUUUUAAUCAGGUUUUCAACAAAAACCAGGUUAUUAGAAUUGGGAUGUUGUUAGGUGGCUCGGCGGGAUGGCGUCAAACAUUGGUUUUCGCCCAAUAACUAAGGCUAGCAUUGAUGGCUAGUAAUGAAAGUUGUUGUGUAUGAGCUUAUGUGAAAAGCUAGGUUUGGAAUGCUUUUGAGGGGGGUUGGGUCAUGCUAGGUCACUAUAGCUUAAAAUAGAAAAAUGGUGUCUGCCCAAUAACUUCAUUAAGAAUUGAUUGAUAGUGAUAGUUGGUGUGUAGGUAGCAGGGGUCAAGGUAACUAAAAAUAGAAAAAUGGUUUUCACCUAAUUACUUGUGGCUACUACUUUUUCCUAACUCAUACAAGAAAUUAAUUGGCUAUAAUUUCUGAUUUCCCAUAUUAAAACCUGGUUUUGUCACAUUGCAGUGUUUCUAGUUUGAGGUUAAAAUGUUUACAAAAAAUAAUUAAUUAUGUUGUCCUCCCAGAUUCCCCCCUCCCCUCUGUAUUCUUGAAAAUUAUUGUGUUGCUUGUACCUCCAAUGGCAUUUCAUCUGCACUCAACAAACUCCAUAUGAAUAUGUUGGUCAUCAUGGAGAGUUUGUGUACCUGCCAUUUUUUUGACAUUCAAUUUAAUCUAACAAUAAUUCUGACCACUGACUAAGUAAAACCUGAUCCCAUUUAACCAUUCCUAUGUCCAGACUUCAUAUUCAUCACUUGUGUAAUAGCUCUAGUGUUUGGCUUUUUGCCAGUAUUGUUUUGCAAUGUCGUAAGAUUUAACAAGCAUUAUUCAAUUGUAUAUUGUAACAAAUAAAUGUGAUGACAAUAUAUCUGGGCUGACUUUCAUUAAAGUUUUAUUUAAUGUUCUUAGAAUAAUUUCAAGUGUUCAAGUAAAUCUGCAAUAAAAGCAUACCUUGUGUAUUGCAGAUGAUACCAGUAUAGGGUCCUAUUAUGUACUAUGAUGAAAUGUUAUAAAAUACCAAUUUUCAUACCAUUUAUGUUUUGUGGUGUCUGAUAGUCAGCUCUAGUACACACAUUGUAGUUUCCAUUUUAAAAUUUCUGUUACUUAUCAAGAACUAAUAAAUUUUAUGCCAUUUUUGACAACUGUUAAAUAUGAGUGAUAUAUUUUUACUGCUGUGGUAGAUAUGCAAAAUAUUUUUAUUAUGAUUUUACAUUUGUUAAUUUUGUAGAAAUUUAUUGUAAACAAUGAUCACUAUUGUUUUAAUAAACUGUAGUAAAUUGCA